AUGACGGUUACCACAGUUCAUCAGCCGCAAUCUGGAGAGAUCAUUGCAUCCAACCCCAAUAGCUGGACUGCUACUUUGGGUGCUGCAUAUGUAUCUUCCAUUGAAACCAGGCCUGUCCUGACAAAGGCUAUUACUGCCUCGAUUCUCAACGGAUUUCAAGAGAUUAUUGCUUUGUUAGCAACUGGCCAACGUAUCAGCGAUGGAUUAGACAAGGCAUUGAAGAUGGCUGCAUAUGGAUUGUUUGUGAGUGGGCCGACUGGGAAUUAUUUGUUUUUAGCGCUAGAGAAACUCACUGGCAAUUCAACUCGGCCUGCAUGGCAAACAACAGCCUUGAAGUUGCUUGCAAGCAACUUUGUCAUCUCGCCAACCCUCAACACUUUAUAUCUGACAUUUAUUGCUCUGAUUUCUGGAGCAUCGCUUGCAGAUGCUGGCGUAUUUGUCAAGCAAAGAUUGCUGUCGAUCAUGAAAGUGUCCUGGACAGUCUUUCCCCUAGCACAACUGUUUGCAUUCAAGUAUCUACAGCCCAGCCUGUGGCUUCCAUUCUUCAACUUUAUCGCAUUCUUGAUGGGAACAUUUAUCAAUAUUAAAGCAAAGCUUGCUCAAAAGAAACUAGCCAAGACGAAAGGAUCCGAUGAUCAUGAAAAAGAUGAAUAG